CGCCCGGCCUCGCCGCCGCCGCCGUCGCCUCGCGGGCCUGGCCCCGCUGCGCCCCGCGCGCCCCGCCGCUCGGGGGGAUGUCUUACAAACCGAACUUGACCGCGCACAUGCCCGCCGCCUCCCUCAACGCCGCUGGGAGCGUCCACCCGCCCUCCACCAGCAUGGCCACGUCCUCACAGUACCGGCAGCUGCUGAGUGAUUAUGGGCCACCAUCUCUCGGCUAUACCCAGGGAACUGGGAACAGCCAGGUGCCCCAGAGCAAAUACGCCGAGCUGCUGGCCAUCAUCGAAGAGCUGGGGAAAGAGAUCAGACCCACCUACGCGGGGAGCAAGAGCGCGAUGGAGAGACUAAAACGAGGCAUCAUCCACGCGAGAGGACUGGUUCGGGAGUGCUUGGCUGAGACGGAACGAAAUGCCAGGUCCUAGCUGCCUUGUUAGUGUGGGAAGUUUUCCAUCUUCCAAGAAGUUACAGCUCAUCUCUCCCGUUCAGAUGAAACUUGUUUUCAAAAUGGUAACAGUUUG